GACUGCCCAAAAACUGGCUCGAAUAUUCGAAACGAGUUGGAAGAUGGCUUAGAAACUAUGGGUGUUUCUCGUGAAGACAUUGCCAAAAUUACGUUUGUCACAGACCAGGGCACUAACAUUGUCAAAGCUCUCGAAGUAUAUCAGCGUCUUCCAUGCAUGGCUCAUAGUAUAAACACAGUCUUGAAACAUGUUCUGAGCGAACAGUUUUUGAAAGAAAAUGUUCCAAAUAUAUUAGCCAUUCUUAAUACAGUGCGGGCUACGGUUUCGUACUUCAAGAGAAGAGGUCUCUGUGUGAGACUGAACUCAUCUUUAAAGCAGUGGGUUUCAACUCGUUGGAAUAGUUAUUUUGACAUGCUUGUAUCAGUCCAUUCUCAGAUUGAUUCAGUGAAGGCUGUUUUACAUAAUGAAGGUGCCUCUGAUAAGAUGCUGGGUUAUGACCACCAUAUAACUGGCCAGCUUAUAGAAUUUCUUAAGCCGUUUAAAGAAGCCACAGUUGAUCUAGAGAGUGACAAGGAUCCAACCCUACAUUUAGUUCUACCGUGGUUUUAUGCCUUAAAAACUCACUGUACCGUACGGGAUAACGAUGAAGAGGACAUGAAACCUUUGAAACAAGCCGCUGAUGCCUUCCUAGAACAGAAAAUGUGCGUUAGUAUGUUGCAUAAAAUUGCAACGUUUAUGGUGGCUAACUACCACACAUUAAGAAAGUUAACCGAGGAUGAAAAAAUUGAAAUUUACCAAGCAGCACGACAGAUGUGUGCUGAAGUUUCAGUACAAGUGCCCAAUCACAGCAACCAAGAAACAAAUCCAGGGCCGUACAAAAUGGCGAAAUUUGAGGACUGGGCAGAAGAGCCUCCUCUCCUACAUGAUGAAGUCAGCAGAUACUUGCAAGAACACUGUACUAAACUUUUUGAUUUCAAUCCUUCCAAGUGA